AUGGAGUUUUGGAAGCUUUUUGUUGUUGCAUUAAUGCCAGUUCUUAAGGUACUGUUAAUUACUGUUGUUGGCACAUUUCUUGCACUUGAUCGAUUUGGCAUACUCAGGGAAACUGCCAGGAAAAACUUGAACACAAUGGUGUUUUUCGUCUUCGCUCCAGCUCUUGUUUGUGGUAGCCUAGCUGAAACAAUAACAUUACGGAGCAUAGUUAUGUUGUGGUUCAUGCCGUUGAAUGUUCUUCUCACAUUUAUUAUUGGGACAGCUCUUGGAUGGUUACUUGUUAAAAUAACUAGAGUUCCUCAUCAUCUUCAAGGCCUUGUGUUGGGGUGUUGUGCUGCAGGAAACCUUGGAAAUUUGCCUCUUAUUAUAGUUCCAGCUGUUUGUAAAGAGAGAAGCAAUCCUUUUGGAGAUGUGGAUGUUUGCUACAGAAAUGGACUAGCAUAUGCUUCUCUAUCAAUGGCACUUGGAAGCAUUUACAUUUGGACUUAUGUUUACAACAUUGUCCGCAUAUAUUCAAGCAAGAUUUCCACUGAAGUCAAAGUUGAUGAUUCCAUGAUUAAUCCAGUAUUUGCAACUGCAAUAGAAACUGAUCCAGAAAACCUUUUAACACGUUCCACUGGAGGAGCAUUGGUUACUGUUGAUGAUAGAUCACAGAGUAAUGAUCAUGUGAAGCAAUUUGAAAUUGAAUGUACAAUGCCUGAUAAACAAGCAAAGGUAGAAAAGAUUGUGAAACAGCUGAAAAUAUUAGCUGAAAAGAUCAACCUGAAGGUAGUAUUUGCACCUGCCACGAUAGGAACGAUUGUUGGUUUAAUAAUUGGUAUAGUCCCACAAUUUCGAAAGCUAUUAGUUGGUAAUAAUGCUCCUCUCCGUGUGGUUCAGGACUCUCUAGUCAUGGUGGGGGCUGCAGGAAUUCCAGCAAUGACCUUGUUGGUUGGGGCAAAUCUUAUUAAGGGUUUAAAAGGAAUAAGAAAGCAGCUUCCACUUAUUGUUGGCAUUACUUUGGUUAGAUUCAUUGCCUUGCCAGCAAUAGGAAUAGGCAUUGUUAAAGGUGCCAUUCAUUUUGGCUUGAUCCACCCUGAUCCAUUAUAUCAGUUUCUUUUACUGCUUCAAUAUGCCCUUCCACCAGCGGUAGCCAUGAGUACGAUUACUCAAUUAUUUGGAGCUGGUGAGGGUGAAUGUUCAGUUAUCAUGUUGGCAACUUAUUCAUGUGCUGGAAUUUCGCUUACACUCUCCUGCACAUUCUUUAUGUGGCUUGUACUAUAG